CCGCAGUUCACCAUCGAUGAGCUCCGUCGCCAGAUGGACAAGAAGCACAACAUCCGCAACAUGUCCGUGAUUGCGCACGUCGAUCACGGCAAAUCCACCCUGACCGACUCCCUCGUCGCGGCCGCGGGUAUCAUCGCCCAGGAGAACGCCGGCGAGGCUCGCCUCACCGACACCCGCCAGGAUGAGCAGGAUCGCUGCAUCACCAUCAAGUCCACCGGCAUCUCCCUCUUCUACACCAUGGCCGACGAGGACCUCGCGCGCAUGCCCAAGCACGUCCCCCGCGACGGCAACGACUACCUCAUCAACCUCAUCGACUCCCCCGGUCACGUCGACUUCUCCUCCGAGGUUACCGCGGCGCUCCGCAUCACCGACGGCGCGCUCGUCGUCGUCGACUGCGUCGAGGGCGUAUGCGUGCAGACGGAGACUGUGCUCCGCCAGGCUCUGGGCGAGCGCAUCAGGCCCGUGAUGACCGUGAACAAGCUCGACCGCUGCUUCCUCGAGCUCAUGCUCGACGGCGAGGAGGCGUACCAGAACUUUUGCCGCGUCAUCGAAAACGCCAACGUCCUCAUGGCGACGUACACGGAUGAGGCGCUCGGGGAUUGCCAGGUUGGCCCCGAGAAGGGCACCGUGUCCUUCUCCGCCGGUCUCCACAACUGGGCGUUCACCCUCACCGUGUUCGCCUCCAUGUACGCCAAGAAGUUCGGCGUCGAGGUCGACAAGAUGAUGGAGAAGCUCUGGGGCGACAACUUCUUCGACCCCAAGACGAAGAAGUGGACCAAGAAGCACACCGGCGAGAAGACUUGCCAGCGCGCCUUCGUCCAGUUCAUCUACGAGCCCAUCCGCCGCGUCAUCGACGCCGCCAUGAACGACAACAAGGAGAAGCUCUGGCCCAUGCUCGAGAAGCUCGGCGUCAAGGCUAAGCUCAAGCCCGCGGAUUUCGACCUCAUGGGCAAGCCCCUCAUGAAGCGCAUCAUGCAGACGUGGCUCCCCGCCGACGUCGCCCUCCUCGAGAUGAUUAUCUAUCACCUCCCCUCCCCCGCCACCGCCCAGAAGUACCGCGCGGACACCCUCUACGAGGGUCCCCUCGACGAUAAGUACGCCGAGGCUAUCCGCAACUGCGACGCGGACGGUCCCCUCAUGCUGUACGUGUCCAAGAUGAUCCCCACCGCGGAUAAGGGCCGCUUCCUCGCCUUCGGACGCGUCUUCUCCGGCAAGGUGCAGACCGGCCAGAAGGUUCGCAUCCUCGGCCCCAACUACGUCCCCGGCGAGAAGAAGGACCUCUACGUCAAGUCCAUCCAGCGCACCGUGCUCUGCAUGGGCCGUCGCCAGGAUGCCGUCGAGAACGUUCCCUGCGGUAACACCGUCGCCAUGGUGGGACUCGACGCGUUCAUCUCCAAGAACGCGACCAUCACCGGCGAGCAGGAGACGGAGGCUCACCCGCUCAAGGCUAUGAAGUUCUCCGUGUCCCCCGUCGUGCGCGUCGCCGUGGAGUGCAAGAACUCCCAGGAUCUCCCCAAGCUCGUCGAGGGUCUCAAGCGCCUUUCCAAAUCCGACCCCAUGGUCCAGUGCCAGAUCGAGGAGACUGGCGAGCACAUCGUCGCCGGCGCCGGCGAGCUUCACCUCGAGAUUUGCCUCAAGGAUCUCCAGGAGGAUUUCAUGGGCGGCGCGGAGAUUCGCAUCUCCGACCCCGUCGUCUCUUUCCGCGAGACUGUCAACGGCACUUCCGACCACAUGGUCAUGUCCAAGUCCCCCAACAAGCACAACCGCCUCUACUUCCAGGCGACGUGCAUGGAGGAGGGCCUCGCCGAGGCGAUCGACAACGGCGACGUCACCCCCCGCGACGAGCCCAAGGCUCGCGGUCGCUACCUCGCCGAGAAGUUCGGCUGGGACAAGGACCUCUCCAAGAAGAUUUGGUGCUUCGGUCCCGACACCACCGGCCCCAACAUGAUCGUCGACAUGUGCAAGGGUGUGCAGUACCUCAACGAGAUUAAGGAUUCCUGCGUCGCCGCCUUCCAGUGGGCCACCAAGGAGGGUGUCAUGUCCGAGGAGAACAUGCGCGGCAUCAAGUUUGAGGUUCACGACGUGGUGCUUCACACCGACGCCAUCCACCGCGGCGGCGGCCAGAUUAUCCCCACGUGCCGCCGCGUCCUGUACGCCUCCGCGCUCACCGCGGAGCCCCGCAUGAUGGAGCCCGUGUUCCUCGUCGAGAUUCAGGCGCCCGAGCAGGCGCUCGGCGGCAUCUACUCCACCAUCACCCAGAAGCGCGGCAUGGUCAUCGAGGAGCAGCAGCGCCCCGGCACCCCCAUCUACAACAUCAAGGCUUACCUCCCCGUCAUGGAGUCGUUCGGUUUCACCGGUACCCUCCGCGCGGCCACCUCCGGCCAGGCGUUCCCCCAGUGCGUCUUCGACCACUGGGACAUGAUCGGCUCCGAUCCCCUCGACCCCGGCUCCCAGGCUGGCAAGAUCGUCUGCGACAUCCGCAAGCGCAAGGGUAUCAAGGAGAACGUGCCCGCCCUCUCCGAGUACGAGGACAAGCUCUAAGCUCUUCCUUUCGCGACUAGUAGGACGUGGUGGAGAAUUACGUUAACCUGUCCGAGCAGCACAGGGGGUUGGGUUGCAUCCGCAACAACGAAUAUCACAAAAAACAUGUUUCAACUUUAGAGAGUUCAACCUUUUUAAUAUAAACUGAACUACAAAACACACGGCGUCGUCGUAUCCAUCGUAGCGUCGGUUAGGAUCAAGUUACAACAUACAGAUCGGCGCGAGCGUCGCAAAGAAUUCAGAGCUCCUCGUGCCGAGCCGGACCCAUCACAGCGUCAACCGCAUACUCGAGGUUAUCCCUCGCAUACUCGACCCAUCCCUCCGGUAGGCAGUACCCCAUCCACCCGUUAUCUACGUACCACGACUUGAGCAACGUGACGUCGGCGUCGCAUCCGUGGUGAUCGCGCCACGCCAUCAGCAUCAACGCGGCGCGAUAGUGCACGUACGCGCCGCACACCACCAACACGUGGAAUAUGUUGUGACUGUGGCCCCACACGUCAAAC